CUACCAGUCAAUGUCAAGUGCUACCAGCUGCUAAUUUUAGCCUAUUGUUGUUCACCCAUCGUUGAAGAUCGACGCGAAUCGGGGUUUCAAAGCCUCACUCCAGUCUUCAUAUCACAUCUUCAUUGUCAAUCACGUCGGCCCUCAGUAUAGUUACAUCUGCCAGUAACUAACUGGCAUGCUUCGGCAACUCUAUACCCGGGCUAGGCCCUCAUUGAUAAGACCAGUCGUCCAUCACCGUCAGUUUAGGAGCCGGCCGCAGCUCAGCUUCCCUAAUUAUGCGCCGCCGCCGCCGCCGCCUGGUCCAUAUUUCUCUCCACCACCCCGGUCACGAGGUAGCCGGCUUAAGGAUAUCGCCCUCGGAUCGGUGUUCACUAUCGUUGCCUAUAUAGCAUAUCACGUUUAUUCCUUCCGUCAGUUUUCCAAACAUGUUGAGGGCGCUGUAGAAAAAUUUAGACAGCAAGAUGCUAUGGAUGAUGAGUUGCACCUGAGCUUAGCUGAUGCUCGCCGCGCCGGUGAUCAUGAUCGUUUAAGGGAAAUUGUUUUUCAACACGCGCGUCGCAUAUCAGAUGGUUGGACCGAGUUUGGUCCGCUACCGAGCUUUCCUGGGACCAAAAAUAUUAUCCCCGAGGAGGAUACGUUGAUGUUUAUAUUGUACGGUAACGACGAUGUCGCCGCCAGCUUCUAUCCCAACGGCGUUCUUGGAAUCCGAAUAGUCAUCAACGCCGAAUUAAAUGAAGAAUUCAUCCCUUCGAAGAAUCCGAAAGAGGGCGCCGCCCUUACCGAAUUGCUUGCUCGGACCAACUACCUAAUUGCAGACUUGGUUAGAAAAGGGAUGCUGGACGAGGGCACUGAGUUGGUGCUUCAUGUGUUCUUACGAGGUCAAACUCUCGAAAUGUACUAUAAUAUUAAUCUACCUACUCCUGAAGAUGAGACCGAAAAUGCGGCUUGAUAGAAAGCUUGACGCCUAUCACCGCUUACGUUACCUACUAACAAGAAUUGGCAGUAUUAGCUAUUUAUCCGAUAGAAUAAUAUUCUGCUGAGAUACCAGGCCUUGAGGGAUGGUAUUAGGUGAUUGUCCUUCAUCUUUAGUGCCUACCUUGUUUUAGUUACUACCUAUGUUGGCUAUAACAUUACUGUGACCGGCCCUUGCUGAGGACAGUAGCCUUUCACAGGCACCUAUAUCGGCUUCAUAAUAGCGCACUCCAAACUCCGGAUAGCACGCAGACGGCAUUCUGUGGACAAGGGAUAUAAAGGGACUGAUUCUGGAAAAACUGAAAACUCAAGAUUAUCAACCAACUUCCAAGUGACCAGCAUAUAUACCCAAAGACAGGC